AUGUCCUUUGAGGAGGUGGCUGUGUAUUUCACCCAGGGGGAGUGGCCCCUGCUGCGCCCAGACCAAAGAGUUCUGUACAAGGAAGUCAUUCUGGAGAAUUUUCGGAACUUGACCUCUCUGGGUAAGGAUCUUUUUGUCCUGAGCUGUCUCCUUGCUGUGAAGGGUGACGAACAGGUAAAAUCAGCCCUUCUCACUCUGGUGGCAAAACCUCAGGCCAGCGUCAUGGGAGCAGCUGCCUCCAUGCCUCAGUGGCCUGACUGGACCCAGCAUGUGCCGCCACCGCACCAGCGAGGGAUAGAGGCAACUGCUGUGGGCCCAACCAGGCUGGCAGGGGAUGCAGGUGGUGAGCCCAAGCACAGAGCAGACUCCUACAUCCCCUAUCUGGGCACCCAGGCCCAGAGCAGCUGCCUCUGUCGUUCGAUGUUGCAGCAGUAUGACAACUGCACUUCCCUGAUUCACAAAGGAGAGAAACCGUAUAAAUGCCUGGAGUGUGGAAAAUCUUUCCGUAGGCAUUCACAGCUUACACCCCAUCAAAGAAUUCACACAGGAGAGAAACCAUAUAAAUGCUUGGAGUGCGGAAAAAGUUUCAGUCACAGAGGAAACCUUACUGUCCAUCAAAGAAUUCACACAGGGGAGAAACCAUAUAAAUGCCUGGAGUGUGGGAAAAGCUUCAGUGCGAGUGGAGACCUAACUUCCCAUCGAAGAAUUCACAAGGAGGACAAACCAUCAAAAUGCUUGGAGUGCGGAAGAAGUUUCAGACACAGAGAAAGCCUUACUGUCCAUCAAAGAAUUCACACAGGGGAGAAACCAUAUAAAUGUCUAGUGUGUGGGAAAAGCUUCAGUGAGAGUGGAAACCUUACCGUCCAUCAAAGAAUUCACACAGGGGAGAAACCAUAUAAAUGCCUGGAGUGUGGAAAAUUUUUCAAUUCGCAUUCACACCUUACAUCCCAUCAAAGAAUUCACACAGGAGAGAAACCAUAUAAAUGCCUGGAGUGUGGGAAAAGCUUCAGUGGGAGUAAAAACCUUACUUCUCAUCAAAGAAUUCACCAGGAGGACAAACCAUAUAAAUGCUUGGAGUGCGGAAAAAGUUUCAGACACAGAGAAAGCCUUACUUCCCAUGCAAGAAUUCACACAGGGGAGAAACCAUAUAAAUGCCUGGAGUGUGGGAAGAGCUUCAGUGGGAGUGGAGGCCUUACUGUCCAUCAAAGAAUUCACACAGGGGAGAAACCAUAUAAAUGCCUGGAGUGUGGGAAAUGCUUCCGUGAGAGAGGAGGCCUUACUUCCCAUCAAAGAAUUCACACAGGGGAGAAACCCUAUAAAUGCCUGGAGUGUGGGAAGAGCUUCAGUGGCAGUGGAGGCCUUACUGUCCAUCAAAGAAUUCACACAGGGGAGAAACCAUAUAAAUGCCUGGAGUGUGGGAAGAGCUUCAGUCAGAGUGGAUGCCUUACUGUCCAUCAAACAAUUCACAAGGAGGGGAGGCUCCUUGUCCUCCCUGUGCAGAGCCACGAGGCCCCUGCAGCAGCAGCACCGGCUGGAGAGCAGGAGGAUCCCAACUCCUGCUGCAAUGGGCUGAAGUCCUAG